CGCGCAUGGCUGAUGAGAAUUGUUAUACACAACUGCGAUAGGACUCUCGAAAUGUAGACGUCUCGGAACCAAUUUCCAUUGCUUGUGUACAAGCAACUAGGAUCUAAGUCGUGCGCAAUCGUAGGGAUACACAAAAUGAAAUAUUUUCAAUUUUCCAGUAUGUUCUAGAGGAGGUGUCAUGACAAAGCAUGGAUUUUUACAGGAUCUUAGGUGUGAAAAGGGGUGCUUCACAGCAGGAGGUGAAGGAUGCCUGGCGUCGAGAAGCCCUCAAGAACCAUCCUGACAGACUACAGAACGCUUCAGACUUUGACAGAGCCGAGGCUGCACGGAGGUUCAAAGAAGCCAAAGAGGCUUACGAGGUGCUCAGCGAUGAUGGCAAGCGAGCGCUAUACAACACCUCUGGCCGCUCGGCAGUCUAUGCAGCGCAGAGGGCAGGCAGGACAUCCUCAUACGGCAGCGAUUUCACUCCCAGGGCGCGCAGCGGCUGGUCUAACUUCAGAUACCAGCAGCAGCGCCACAACGUCCAUGGGUCUGCAUUUAGUUUCUUCAGGGGGUUCACGCGUGGCAUGGGCCGAGCUGAUGCCUACUUCCAUGCCGGCUUUGCUGGCAUCCUGGUUGUUGGAGUCGUGCUCGUCGCCCCGAUGGCUGACUCACUCUGGGAGCGCAUGAAUAGUGGGAAACUGUUCAAGCAUAUGAAGGCAGCGGAAUCACACACGGCUGUUUGGCCUGUGAGAGAUCGGAUACAGGAUGAGGGUGAGAGGCUGCGGGCUCAGGGAGUGCCUCCAGAAGUCAUUUCUGGCAUGCGCAGCAUCAAUGCCCAUGAUUUUGCCAGGCAGCCAGCUGACGCCAAUUCCAGAAGCACUCUCACGAUGGGCACUGUUACCACUGAGCGCUUCCUCACCCCAAAGCGCCAGUGA